AUGAGCGACAGGGGCUCCGACGACGGACUUCCCGACAAGCAAUGGGCGUCUAAAUAUAUCUUAGGUCCUCUUUACGAUCCAGAACCGAACCAAGUGUGCGCACCACAGUACAAGCCACUCCCUAUUCCGCCAUCUCCCGAGAGUCCUGCCCGCGACUCCUCUAGCCAGAGGCGUCUCCGAAAGAAUUCCAUCGACGGCCGCCGCGAAGAGCUCCCGCUUCUGUUUCGUUCCCUCAGCUUGAGCCGCAGUCGUAGCAACAGUGUAAAGGACAAACCCUUACCCGCACCUCCGCCGCCACCACGCUCCAAGUAUCCACCCCCGGCAGGCCUGGAACGAAAACGUUCGCUCUACACGGCAGCCCCCAAACCGACCCGUUGGAACCAAGGCACCAUCCUCACUAGGGCUAGCAGCAUAUCCACUCCUCGGCCUAGCGCAGACAUCAUGGCCUCUAUAGGAAACCAGACUAGCCACCGGCUUCGUGCUAGUUCCCUAGUUGAACGCUAUCAAGGCGACAACCAUCGCCGUCCUCUCGACAAGCCUUCAAAGGAACUUAGCACCGGAGGUGGGACCCAAGGGGAGAACGGCUUCCCUCGCCGGGCUAACUCGCUUCGAGAGCGUUAUCCAGGCGACAUGUCCCACCGCCCACUAGCCAUGCUCACCAAACAGCAUCGUGCUGCAGACCGGGCACCUCAUCUGCGCACCCACCGCCGUCAGCAGCCGAGCGACCCAAUCGACACCCUCGAUCAUACGGGCCCCGUGCCCGGCGCCACCUACCAUCAUGGCGGGCCCUUCGACGCCACGCUUAAGGAGCGUAACCUCAACAAGAAGUACGCCCCUGUCGACGCGGUUAAAGAGACCAACAUGGAAGCCCUCAAGGCAACCCCGGUGGAGUACGUCCAAGACUCACUUGUCAAGCAUGUGCCGCUCCAAGGCACCGCUGUUGUGCCCCCUGGCAUGCAGGACGUGGGCGGCCGCACGAUGGAGUACCAGGAAGGCGCCGACCUUAUGCGUGAGGAAGACGCAGAGGGCGGACCGUACAAGCGCUGGGACCACGUUCGCUACCGUGACGACGACUACAAGGGAAAAGGGGAGCCCGCCUUCUCCUACGACCAAGCUCGUCGCGAAAAGAAAGCCACCACCGCCCCGCAUGCCGCAGAGGCCGGAACGGUCUACUACGAGAUGCAACCCACGGCCUCAGCCACCUCCCGGGACGCCCACGCCUCCAAACAGCCCGCCGUCACAACAGCGACACGCGGCCUCCGCCGCCGCGCCGCUAGCGUUGGCAGAAAUGACCGUGCCGGCCCUGCUACUACUGCCCACGCACAGCAGACUCGCCCGUUGAUGGGGGGUUCCAAUGGGUAUUACGACGAUGACGAAGAUGGUGAGGAAGGUGGCGACUAUGGCGACGAUGAAGAUGACGCGUGGGGCACUGGGACGUCGGGCGCUGCGCGAAGGAAUAAUGCGGGCUCCGGGGGCAAGAAUUUGGCGCAGACGCUGAAGAGGCGGUUUGGGAGUCUGAGGAAGAAGUAG